GUGAGAUGCAUUUUCAGAUUUGUCCAUGUAAGCGUGAACAUUGCAUUAGUCCUCUCCUGAUUUCAGGGCCAACCCUCCCAGAGACAGGAAGUAUCAGACUCAGGGGGUGGCGUGCUGCUUGAAUGGGAGCGUUUGCUCUUGGAGUCGGAGUCCCUCGCCGCUGCGUGGAUCCCCGCGUGGAGCAGCCGAACAGGGCCUAAGCCCCUCUUUUCUCGCUGCCCUCCCCGCGGAUUAAAUGGCUUUUCGCUCGCCUCUUUUUCCUCGGCUUGUUGUCGACAUGAGUGGCAUUUCACUUUCUUCUUCUUCUUCUUCUUCUUCUUCUUCCCAUGGCCCCAGCAGACGAGGUAGCAGUUUUCUGUUUUUCUUCUUGCUCACUUGGAAGGAGCAAAUGACCAGCAAGAACUCAAUUAACAACAUGUCCCUCCCUGCAGGGGGUCCGAGCCGCUGCUUGUGCAGCCACAUCCGAGAUCAAGCCGGCCUAAGUGAAGUGACAGCAAGCGAGAGAAAAGGGUGCAGGAUGUACAGCUUCAUGGGCGGAGGGUUGUUUUGUGCAGGCGUGGGGAACAUCCUCCUGAUCGUUUCCACAGCAACCGAUUACUGGAUGCAGUAUCGGCAGUCCAGCAACUACAUGCACCAGGGCCUGUGGCGCUACUGCACGCCGGGGAAAUGCUUUCCGCACAACAUCAGCAUCGCCCACUUAGACGCCACCCGCGCCCUCAUGAUCCUCUCUCUUCUGGCCUGUUUCAUUGGCAUCAUCAUAGGCAUCAUGGCCUUCAUCCAUUACUCCUCCUUUGACAGGUUUGACAAAACCUUUGCAGCAGGCAUAUUGUUCUUCAUCUCGUGCUUUUUCGUGUUUCUAGCGAUGGCCGUGUACACCGGCGUGACUAUUAACUACUACGGGAAACGCUACGGAAACUGGAGGUUCUCCUGGUCGUAUAUAAUUGGCUGGGUGUCAGUGGUGCUUACCUUCUUUUCAGGUAUCUUCUAUUUCUGUGCCUAUCGGAUGCACGAAUGCCCGAGGAGCGCCACCUCUCAUUAAACCAUCAAACAUCAUCAUCCACAAAGAAGUCAUGAGUCGUGAUCAUGAGAUUCUCACCGUCACCUCUGGAACAUGAAGGAUCUGAGUUUGA